CAGUGUCACUUCAAAGUUUAAAUAUGCCGGAAGCUCGGUCCACAGGAAGCCUUUCUUGCAUUCCUCAUUCCCAUCCAGUUCCAAGUCGACUCUUAACGGAUUUCAUCCUGUAUUCUGUACGGUAUACGCAUAUUAACGUACCAACCGCGACCCAGCAGCUCCGCUGUUGAGAUGACAGCGUGAUGAUUCCAUCCAUUCCCUGCCGUUGACAGACCCUGACAGGGUGUCUUGCCUCGUGUGCUCGAGAGCACAAUGUAUUCACGAAAGAGAGGACGUUCUUCGUCACCUCCACUGCCUGAAUCACUACCGGAAAAGGAAUCAGACACACAAAAACCGUCUAUCUACGAUACGAUCAAGCGGAGCCGAGCCGUGCCGGAGCACGAUGGGCCUCCUCUCAUGCAACUAUCGGAUUGCCCCCGGCUCCCUAUCCAACCCCUUCUCGCAUCUCGCCUUCUUCAGCAAGCCCCUUUAACCAAAGGAAUAGCGAGCGAUACUGUACCUCGAUCGGAUACGUCGCCGAUUGUGCUCGCUGUUGUGGAAAGUACACGUAUUCAUGUGGAUCUACUGCACCGUCAUCUCGAUGCGUUGGCUUCCUUGCAUCCAGACCUCUGCUUUUAUGUUGUCUUGCGGGAUUCACACCCGCUUCUCGAGAGCAUCGCUAGCUCAUUAACUUGCUCUCCGUUUCCGAUGCCUACUCUCAUAGUACAACCGCGCACGGUUGUUCCCCUCGGAUUGCUCCACCCUCUUGGCGGAGGGCAGACGCUCCUGGAUGCCGUGGUACUUCUGGACUCAAGCUUGCGGAAACGAAUCACCCUGCCGGUGGGCUGGGGCGAAGGGUCGCUGUUGACUUCUCCUGUACCUGGGGAUGAGAGCGCCCGAUUUCUCGGGGUCAGGAUGAUGGAGAUUCUGAGCGCCGGGCUACACCAACUACAGGCAGAACAGUGAUGGGUUUCAAAAGGGAGCGAGAAAAGAAGCUUUCCCUAUUCGCUGGAUUCACAGGACACGAAAAGGACGCACUAUGGAUCAUAGAACGCAAAGUCUAUCCAUUCGCGGUUCCAUCUAUUCAGAUAUAUAAGCAACGAAAGCAGCAUAAUCCCUCCAAUGCACAU